UUGAGGAGGAGGUAGCGGCGGCCGGUUCCUAGGGUUUGAGGACUAAGGAGGGACUGAGGUGGCGGUGAGGGCGGCACCGGAGCUGGAGGCGGCGGUGGAGGGCGGCGGCGCAGGCGGCGGAGGAGACAGACCCGCGGGAAAGAAGGGAGAAGCCACACCCGCCGCCCUUAACGUCUUAGAGAUGGAGAAGGAGUUCAACCAGAUCGACAAGGCCGGCAGCUGGGCGGCCAUUUACCAGGAUAUUAGACAUGAAGCCAGUGACUUUCCCUGUAAAGUGGCCAAACUUCCUAAAAACAAAAAUCGAAACAGGUACAGAGAUGUCAGUCCCUUUGACCAUAGUCGAAUUAAGCUCCACCAUGAAGACAAUGAUUAUAUAAAUGCUAGUCUGAUAAAAAUGGAAGAGGCCCAAAGAAGCUAUAUUCUCACUCAGGGUCCUCUGCCUAAUACUUGUGGUCACUUUUGGGAGAUGGUUUGGGAACAGAAAAGCCGAGGAGUUGUCAUGCUUAACAGAGUGAUGGAAAAGGGAUCAUUAAAAUGUGCACAAUAUUGGCCACAAAAAGAAGAAAAGGAAAUGAUAUUCGAAGAUACAAAUUUGAAAUUAAUGUUGAUUUCUGAAGAUAUAAAAUCAUAUUAUACAGUACGCCAGUUAGAAUUGGAAAACCUUACGACACAAGAAACUAGAGAAAUCCUACACUUUCACUAUACAACAUGGCCUGAUUUUGGAGUCCCUGAAUCUCCUGCCUCCUUCCUAAAUUUUCUGUUUAAAGUUCGAGAAUCAGGAUCCUUAAGCCCUGAAUAUGGACCGAUUGUUGUUCACUGCAGUGCUGGGAUUGGGAGAUCGGGAACCUUUUGUCUUGCUGACACAUGUCUCUUGCUGAUGGACCAGAGGAAAGAUCCUUCUUCUGUAGACAUUAAGCAGGUACUUUUGGAAAUGCGGAAAUACAGAAUGGGGUUGAUCCAGACAGCAGACCAACUGCGUUUCUCUUAUCUGGCUGUUAUUGAAGGAGCCAAAUAUAUUAUGGGAGACUCUUCUGUUCAGGAGCAAUGGAAAGAGCUCUCCAAUGAAGAUUUGGAGCCACCUCCAGAACAUACUCCCCCACCACCCAGACCACCAAAACGGAUAUUGGAACCACACAAUGGGAAAUGCAAAGAAUUCUUUCCAAACCACCAGUGGGAAAUAAAUGAGAUGGAAGCUAAAGAACAAGAUGGUCCUAUUAUAGAAGAAGGCAUACCUUCCUUAACUGUACCACUUACCACAGAAAGUCAAGACACUGGAGUUAGAAGGAGAACUGUUAGCGAACAUCAGAAUGCCACAUCCACCAAAGAAGAGCCAUCCCCAGAAGAGGAUGACGAGAACCUGGCAACUACUUGGAAGCCCUUUCUAGUCAAUAUCUGUAUGUUCACUGUCCUCACAGCUGGAGCUUACCUCUGUUACAGGGUAUGUUUUCAUUGAUGGACCUGGCGGCAAGAUGGGAGUGUACAGAAAACACCAUGCGUUUGACUGGUUUCUAAUUCAGUUCUAUGAAAUUAACUGAGUCAUAUCUCAGAAGAAACAAAUCUAAGGUUAAAAGUCUGGAACUUUGGUAGGGCUAAAAGAGAAAAUUAAUUGAUGCACUAGGGUUUAAAUAAAUAAGCCCUGUGGUCCCAAGAAUAAACUAGUUGAAUCUCAGGGCCUUAAAAUAUUCAGGACUAAGCAGAGAAAAUGCCAAAUAAGUCUCUCCUGUUUUUGUUUCUUUGUUUAUUUUGUUUUUGAAAAGAAUAAUAGAAUUACAACACAUUGUUGUUUUUAACCUUUUUGAAAGCCAGUUUUUUUUGUUUUUGUUGUUUCUGAAAAAAACUCGGCAAAAGUAAAACUUGCUUGUACUCUCGAAGUCUUAUAACCGAUUCUGCAAUUUCUAUUUGAUUUCUCAGAAGAACCCUAAUCUUUUUAAGAAUGUCAUUUGAUAAAGAGGGAGAGGAUAGGAGGAACCAUGUUUUACUCAGCGACACUAGACUGAAUCUAGUGUUCAGACUGAGUGAUGGGCAGUGCCUAUGCUGAUUAUCUAUUGAACCGUUUUCAUUCCCUUUUUACAUGGUCUUUACUAGAAAUGAACAAGAAAAAGCCACAAUCCAGGUUCUGCAUUUGCUCAGGGUAUUCCUCACACUUCCCCUCCCUAAUCCUCCCACACCCCCAAUUAGAAAUAGUUAAUUUCUCAAUUGGUACUGUUAAACUCAACCCUCAUGUGCACCUGCUUGUGUUGUGCCACCCCCUGCACAUUUGUUUACCUUCUUUUCCUUGCAGGGGUUCAGGGAGUUCAACUCAAACACGUCCACCAGCAUUUUCAAAGCCUCUGUUAGUAUUUAGAAAGACUAGUCUUCACACAAUUUGGACUAUAAAGUGCAGUUUUCUUAUAAAUACAUCUUGUAAAGUUGACUGCUCUUAAAACAAGGGGCAGAAAAAUGCUCUACGAUUCACGUCCAGCACCACACACCAUCAGAAAGCAGGUGACCGUACUGCUGCUUGUUCCAUGGCAGCCACCUGGGAAGAGUUUUCAGAGGUCAUCAGCUCCUAGACCUCUGUAACGGAGUCCAAUCAGUGAUUGAUCAAGAUGCAAGCAGUUUUUCCUUUGGCUUUGGGAUUGUUUUUCUUUGCUUUAUAAACCAGUUUUCAGCAAUGGCUUUAUUUUGGCUCAACUCUUUGCUGUGAACAUUGUCAGGUGGCAUAGAUGGAUUAGUGUGUAAGUCGUACAUCUCUACAGACACCUGGAUUCUCAGCUUUUAAUUCAUUUGAUAAUGUUAUGGUUUCAUUCCACUUCCUGUUCUACAGCAGCUCAGAAAUGUUAUUCUCCUCUGCCCAAAUGGGAGUCUCUGCUUGUAGAAUCAGCAGCCAAAUAGCAGGGAUUCAAGGUUAGUUGAACUACAAGGUAGAAGUUCACUCUCACUCGUGCCAUUUGUCUUUUUGUUGUUGCUGUUGUUGUGGUGGUUGUUGUUCGGUCCUUGCCCCAGCCACCCUGUUCCUUUUACCCCAAUAUGUACAGUGUCCAGUUUCCAAGGAGAGUGAAAGAAAGUACAGUGUGGUGGUACAGAUAAGGGGAAGAGGCAAAAUAGAGUACUUAAGAGUUACAGUAGCCAGAGUAGAUCUUGAGGAGCAGUGGUGCCACUAAUUGGUGCUUUUUAAUACAUUCUAGUCAAACAAGCACUUAACACCAUUUUCAACCAACCUUUUAUGGAGUAUAUGGUGUAAUGAACCUUUUCACUCCGUAUUUAUUUUCCCCCAAAGGUAUCCAUAGCUCUAGCAUUUUUUUAAACCAAUAACGUGUUAAAAAAAUUUUUUUUUUGUCAGCCUUGCAUCAAGGGCUUAUCAGAAGUACAAUAAUAAAUCUUCAGGUAGUGCUGGGAAUUUAAGACUUACCUGAUAGGCUAUGGAAUCCAUCCAGUACUUGAAAGGAGUAAGAUUGUAAGCAGUUCAUUAUUGAAUAAUAUUGUGGUUUUCAUUAAAAGAGAUAUUGGGAUAUGUUUAUAGAACAAUGGUAUCAUAAUAUAUAAUGAACAUUUGUGUAUUUAAGAGACAAUAUGUGAUUACUUUGUCCCGGUUACUUUUCCUAUCAUCUGGUAGAGUAUUGUUCUCAAGCAACAUUUUCCCCAUUUGUAUUAGAAUGCAUGUAAGGUCUUCUUGUGUCCUGAUUAAAUACCAUGUGCUUGAAGGUGAAAGAACUUAUAUUUCUGCUUACUGAUGUGCCCACACAUCCAGUCAAGUAUAUAUUUGCAUGAUCUGAUCGUUACAUGGCUGUGGUUCACAAGGCUGUUGCUGAAAGUGUCUGUUCAGCAAUAGAUUGAUAGAUACUUAUCCAAUAACAGAUACUUGCCUAAUGAUUAGGCACCAUUUUCUAUUCAAAUUUACUCAGUAACCCAGUUGAUCAUACUUUACAUCAACUGUGUAAACAACUAUACUACAGACAUUCCAAGGAAGUGUAUGAUAAGCCCUAAUCACACCUCACCCACUAGUCAUCUCAGGCAGCCAGUCUUCCCACUGACCUUUGACAGUAUCAUUUACUGUUCCAAAUUCAAAAUCCUAUCCUGGAGCAAACCUUAUUUGGAAUAAGGCUAGGUAAAGAACAAAGAAGUUAAUUUUUGCUGUGGAGCAUUCUGGCAAACCAAAAAGAUUAAUGCUAGGUGGCCCAUAUAGAAUUAACUGCAGUAUCUUUCCUGUUUGGAAGUAUUAAUUCCAGUCUUGAUGGAAACCCCUUACCCCACCCCGCCCCCUAAACACACAUACACACCAUAAAACAUGUCAACGCUUCAUACUCAUAGCUAUUCCUAUGAAGGAAAAUCAUAAGGUCUUCAUGUUAAGACUUUAAUUUUUUUUUAAAUGAGGUGGGGGGGAUGAUGGGGGGGGGGGGGCGCAGCUUUUUUGCUGGUCUUUGCCAGCAAUUUCACAUUUUGCCUUUGACCUGUUGUACACCAUUGAGGAUUUCUACUGUAAUGAGAACAGAGUGAAAUAGCCCUAUAGAGCAUUAGUGAGGUGUGUCUAAGGCUUAUAAUGCCAAACUGUAAGCAUCUUUUUCUCAAGUCCUGUAUAUGUAUGUAGUAGUUUGGGUGUGUAUAUACAGCAAGUAGAAUUUCAAAAUGGGUAUAUUGGUUAACUGCCUAUUCUUGGAAAAUGGAUGGCUAUCCAUCUUGUUAAAUGUAUGUUAGAAAGUUAGUGAGCUGCUAAUGCUAUAUGCCUUAAGCAAAUAUUUACUCAUCAGGUCUUUCUUUUUUUACCAAUGGCCAUAGAAUAAUACCAUUUUUACAAAAAUAAAAAUCAACAAAAAAGCAAAA